AUGUUGUCCUUUUUUCUCGUGUGGCACUGUUUGAAUCGGUGGAGCAGAGGAGAGGAGGAAGAGACGGGGGCGACUAGCUCCAAGGCGUUGGCGACCGAGCUCGCCGCCGACGAGCCCCCCGCAGCGCACCCCCGCGCGACGGAGGAAGCACUCGCCACGGACACGGCGGACGAGAGCUGCGCGGACGGCGAGGCACGCAGCAUGAACGCCGUCGAUGUCCUCUGCGUCGCCGACAAGGCACCGUCGGGCGGCUCUGCCCGCGAGCUCUGCGCCGCCGACAUGACCUGCGGCAUCCCCAUCGGCCCACCGUGCGCCGCAGCCGAGGCGCAGCAAAAGCCACUGUCGAACUCACGCACCAUGGAGAAGGAAGGAUGGUUCACAUGGUUUGUUGUCAUAGCUGCAGGUAGUUGCAGAGGCGCUAAGCUCUGUGCGAGAGCAACUUCAUGGUUCUAAAUUACAACAAACAUUUGUAUUGUUUUCAACUUUUAACCAAUGGAUGGAAAGAUGCUGGUACUAUUUCAGGUCAUCAUGAAAAUAGCUAAAAGGGAAACUAGAUAAAAGAAAAUCUACCUCUGCCUUAGGGGUCUUUCCGAGAAGAAUAUAGUUAGUGUCAUGGUGGAAGUAACCACAUAUGUUGUGAAUGCAAGAAACACUGGAUCCUACACUAACUCCAGCAGUCGAACUCUUGGAACAUUUGCUGAAGGUGCAGGAGAAUCAUAUUCAGUUUUGUACCUAGGAAUAUACCAUUGGAAAUGUUGUUUGGGAGAUUAAAAAUCAGUUUGUUUCUUUAUCAGCACUUAAAAGAAACCUGUCUCUAGGCUACCAACAUUAGGCUCCAUGUACAUUCAAUAUACAAGCUAAUUUAACCAGUUCAACAGACAGAUUAUAAGCAAUUUCUCACAUAUGUUGUGAAUGGCACUACAUCAUGCUACCAAAGUUUGACACAGUGCAUAUUCACGUUUUCGGAAAUUACAAGAAACACUGUAUUAUUUUCAACUUUUAACCAAUGGGAUGGAAAGAUGCUAGUAAUACCAUUUCAGCUAAUCAUGAAAAUAGCCAAAAGGGAACUAGACAAAAUAAAUUCUACCGGGAUGAUUGUUUCUUAGGGGUCUUUCUGACAAGAUCAUUCAUAGUUAAAGUCAUGGUGGAAGUAACCACAUCUAUAUUGUUAGGAGGGGAAGGCAAGAAACCCUGGAUAUCAAUCAAUCAGGUAGAGACUCCACCAGUCCAACUCUUGUAAAUUUGCAGGAGAAUCAUAUUCAGUUUUGUACCUAGAAAUACACCAUUGGGCAUGCUCAUUGGGAGAUUAAAAAUCAGUUUCUAUAUCAGCACUUAGAAGAAACCCGUCUCUACAGGCUACCAACAUUAUGCUCCAUGUACAUCCAGUAUACUCCCUCCAUUCCACAAUGUAGUGCUUCCUCUAUCCUCGUGCUUCAACUUUGACCGUGAAUUUAACUACCAAGACCAAUUGCGGCGGGAGCAAAAAUUAUAUAAUGAAUUCGUAUUCGAAAGAAGUUUUCAAUUAUAUAAUUUUUUCUCUCGCCGCAGUUGGUCUCGUUGGUUAAAUUUAUGGUCAAAGUUGGACCUCGGGAAGCGCGGGCGCACUAUAUUUUGGAAUGGAGGGAGUACAAGCUAAUUCAUCUAGUUGAACAAACAGAUUAUAAGCAUUUUCUCACGUAUAUUGUGAAUACAUCAUGCUACCAAAGUUUGACACACGAGUAAGAUGCCUUGACAUAUUCACGUUUUCGGAAAUUUCAUCUUACAUUCUGAUUGAUUGAACAGACAGUAUCACUCCAUACAAACACAGUAGUAGUUCCAAAUGUUUUUGCUUAAUCUACUG